ACAAGUUUUCAGUAUUGGCCCCGAGUCAUUUCCGUGGAGUGUGUGUCUGGUGUACCUGAGCCACACCUGCCUUCACCUGUGUUGUUUACCCUUCAGGAUAACUUAAUUCUACCUUUUAACAUAAUUUUGAAUCUUCAGCCGUCAGUGGUUCUCCAGACACUUGGCUCAGCACACCUCAACACUGUGCAUUAUGUCGCAGCACAGAUUGGAAGUGAACUACUUGGGGGAACCUGUCCCCCAUGCCAGAUUAAUGCCUCGCUUAUCAAUAGCUGGCAGUAUAGGUGGAUUAUCAACAACCUCACGGUUAUCAAGGGUCUCCCAUGCAACAACUAUUCGGUCAGUGGCAACCCUCACUGAAACACUCCAUACCAAAACUGGCCUAUCUAUUCCCAUUCUCCCUAAUGCUUUCAUCACCAAUGUUCAGCGUGGGUCUCUCAUCGCUGCCACAUAUUCAAUUAUUCAAGGAUUGUUUGCUAUUGUGACUGGUGUGUUUGACAUCUAUGCCUUGUCCCUUGCUGCCCCAGGUUCCAGUCAUUAUGGCUUUUAUCUCUUCUCAUAUGACUUUGUUUACUCUGGCAGUCCACAUGUUCGGUAUUCGUUGAUGUUGUUUGGUGGUGUCACAGCCUUUGGGGGACUGUGUAUGAUCUUGACCAGUGUUAUGCUGUUACAAGGACUCCGUAAGGAAAUGGAAAUGCGUUUGGAGCCGUGGAUUUGGUGUAUGGCGAUCUUCACCAUCUGGCGUUCACUUAUCAUCAUCUACGCAUCAAUUGUCAAUGAUCUGGUGUUUAGCUACCACAUUCUCAUGUGCCUGUUUUGGAUAAUUUUCAUCCUGGGCAAUGUGUAUGCUUGGUUGGUGGUGCAUUCCUUCUACCAUGAGUUGUGUGAAGUCACCAGACUUGAGGAUGUUGCUCGAGUAAAGAUGGACACAAUGAGCACCAUGGGGUACAGCUCACGCCCCACCACUCCAGGGGCACGUUCUACUAUUUCCACACAGAUGGAUUAUAAAGUCUAGAGGCUGACAUACUUAACUUCAUAGUUUUAGCCAUUUGGGCCUAGUACUUAUUCUGUGUAACCCUUUAAUGAUUAAAUAUUUGAUGGAUUAUUUCACUCACUUUAUAUACUUUACUGUUGCUAAAUCAAUGUCAUAUUUGGUUUGCAUGACGGAAGUCUUUGGUGUGAUGGUAGCUCCUCACUUAAAAAUGUUGGCAAUAAUAUGAGAUUAAUGAUGCAUUUUCCUUACCAUAGAAGAAUGCAUCUACGACUGGCUUCCUGUAGAGACUAUUGCACUUUUUUUGGAAUAUUGAACAACUCUGUUAGUGCUAUACUGUACUGUAAUAAUUUUUACACAGGCAACUUUAAGGCAAUUCUUUUAGAAACAGUAUUUAGUUUUAAGUCAAGCAUUCAGCAGUUUAUCUUUUAUUAUUUGUCUACUAACACAAGUUGACAUUUAUUUUUAUCUGUAAUAUAUAUUUUAAUAUAAGCACCCACAAUUGAAGAGAAAUAUGUUAGAUUAGAAAAAAAUUGUCUUUGAAUAUGUUGCAAAUUUGCGCAACUUGUUUUGUGAAAAGUUUAAAGAUCAUAGAGAAAUGCUUGUCAGUGUGUUGGAGAGUUUUGUGGAAUAUUAGUUAACAUUUGUCUAGUAUUGGUAUUUAGUGUGGAGCGGCAGUUCUUGCUCGGGAUAAGAUAUUUUCAUGUGUUCCAUACAAGUUCAGUAUUGUUAGUGUUGGUCUUGUAAAGAUUUAUGAAUCUCCAUUGAUUUAGUUGAAGGAAUGAAUUGAAUCUCCCUGAUGAAUAAUAAGAUAUUAUAAUGUUCAUCAUCCAUGGAUAUUCCUAUAUUUCAGAUGGAGACAAUGAGCUCAUUCACAGCCUCGCGACCCACUACACCGGGUGCAAGGUCUGAUGCAUCUGCUAAAAUGAUCGGUUAAGCAUUAAAGUGCGGCAGGAUCUAACUUUGGUCUCAGCUAAGAACAUGGAUUAAUGCUAAAGAUAUUUAUUUUCAAAGUUGCUAUUAACAGCAAAAGCAGAUUUGAAAAUAAGUGGAAUCUCUUUAAUGUGACUGUUUUAAAUUCAUGAUAUGGAUAAUAUCUGAAAUGUCAAGAUAUACAUACACAUUAAUCUAACAAAAUAUGGAAUUGGAACUAAAAUGUCUGAAAAAUUCUACAUAUCUAAAAUAUUUGAUCUAAUUUGCAAUAGUAUCAUCUUAAUCAUAUAUUUUAUGUAUAACAAAGUGUUGCAGUGGUUACACAAUAGCUUAAGUUACAUCAGCUUUGGGGUGAAAAUUUUGGCUGACUCAUUCAGAGAAUUUUGACACCCCUUUAGCACAAAGUCAUCAGAUCAAAGAGAUUCUGCUAUCUGAAAUAGUAGAUUAAAUGAUACUUACUUAUAACAUAAAUAACUCUAUGCUCAUUCUUAAACACUAACAUAAUGAAGGCAUUCUUUUGUAUACUGUAUCAGUAAAGACAAUUCUUCACUUGCAGCACUUCUCUAAUUAAUACAAUGUUACUAACAAAGCCAAUUCCAGUAACACAUGGGUGAGAUUAGCAUUAUAAAAAGUCCAAAUACCUCCCCUCAUAAGUUUAGCAUGUCUUUGUCACUUCCACAACAACCAGUACAAUAUUCCCAGAAGUCUUAGCAUGUAAGGCAUCCCAGAGCUUACCAGUACCUGUAUCUUAAUAAUACACUAUGACCACCUCCCAGAGACAACUUCACAUUCCCAGCUGUGUGUUACUGUAGUGAGUACAUGUAUUAAAAUUUAUGCAUGCAAAACAUUAAAUGUACUGUACAUGAGCCAACUAUGGAUUUGUGGUAUUUAGCAUUGCAUUUAAAAAUCACUAGCUACUGCCUGGUACUGGAGGAAAGGGGAGAAUUGGGCUAAGCUGGUACAGUAUUUGAAGGGUUAAAUGUACCUCGUUAUGUAGUUCUCCUUUUUGUGGUUUUUAGUUUUGUCUUUUCCUGCACUCCUUGGCACAUGUCUGCUGUCAUAAAGUGUGUGUCACCAAAGCUUUGUUCUUGUUACCUGCUUGGUGUACUCUUAACUGUGUUCAUAGACCUCUUAGUAAUGUUGUUCUCCUUCAGCAAUGGGUUUAACUUUGGCUGCUGUGACUAACCCUGGUCCAGGUGUUAUAAGAAUUGAUAGUAUCCACUUUGGCUUUUACCUUAACCAAAAUAUUGGUUCAUUAUUUUUUUUUUAUUCUGCUGAAGUACAUACAUACAUACAUACAUAUAUACUUAAAUUGAUAUUUACAUUUUUAUAUGCUAUAUAUAUUCACGCAGUCAGCUAUAUGAAUUUUCUGCAGUUUUAUAUCAUUCAAAUAAGUUGUGUAGUAUUUUAUUAUCAUGUAAGUGAUGUAUAUAAAAGUAUGCUGUGUUUGUAUAUAUGACCUCUUGGUAUUUCUACACAAACUGCAUCAAGCAUUUUAACAUGAUUCUUGUUAAGUCUCCCACAGCUAAAGGGUUUUGAGAGAAACUUUACCUGGUGUGUGUGUGUAACUAUAAUGUAUACAUUAGUACAGCACAGUAUAUAUGAGGAUAAUAAUGAUAAUAUAAUGUUUGUACUCUCCUAAUUGUAAAACUUUUAUAAUCUCAACAAUACAUAUUAGUCUAAUUUAGGUAAAAUGACAUUUAUAUUGUCAUUCUUAUUUUCCAGAAAACUUGUCUUCCAUUUGCCUAAUCAUAAUUAUCACAUGAAUGGAAGUAAUCUAUGUGUUUGUAUAUGUAUGAAGGUUUCUCUCUCUUUCACUAGUUGUAUAUUGGUUAGAUCCACAGUAUGAGAGGACAGUAUCUCCAGUUAAACUAAUUCUAUUUGCUUUACCAGUUUAGUGAGUGUCUUGUUUUAUAUGUGGAUGGCCUUUGAUAAUUUGGAGAUAAUAAGCACCUCCUGUUACUCACUGACUGAAACUACAGUAUUUAUACAUCCAAUGGAAUGGGGAGAUUGCAUUAGCAAUGCAGCUUCGUCUGUAGAUAAAUAUUUGUUGUUCUAACUUACUAGUUUAUGUAGUAAUAAAUAAUUUUAACUGGUUUUACCAACUGUGUAAAGAAACUAUUGGCCCUCAGGCUUGACCUACAUCAGCCAGAGAUUUUGUAUUCCAUUUUUUCUUUGUUUUUCUGGAGGUGUUAAGAACUUUUUCUGUUAUCUCUCCCCUUCUUGAUUUUCAGUUGUACAGUACAGUACUGUACAGUGUUUGCUAGUGUAGGCCAUACAGUUGAGAGAGAGAGAAAGGUUCUCACAUUUCUUGUCAUGAAAUAUAUCACAGUUCUUAAAAGGUUUUGUAACCUUUCCCUAUACUGUACAGUAUUGUGAAAAAAUUCAGUGGACAAUGUGUCAAAAAAAAAUUUCAAGAAAACAAUUUAUAGUACAGUACUGUAAUCAAACCUUUUUUUUUUAUAUUUGCAGUUUAUUGUGUGUUAUACAUGCAUACUGUACAAGCAUAUUUAAUAUAUUUUGAUGUUUAGCAUGUAAAUUCUUUAAGAGAUUUACAGGUAGUUUUUAUUUGAUUGACACUGAGAGAGAGGGUGUUCAACAUUAGUUAUCAUUGUUUUGCCUGUAACUACAUUUGUGAAUCCAUCCACAGUCUUUCCAUUUGUGGUAUCCAGUGAUCAUCUGUACAGCCCUCCAUGUCCCGGUUGUUACUUGAUUUUUAAAAUUAUUUGAUCCAGUAAUGAAAAGAAAUACGUGUCUACCUAUAUGUUAACGUCAUCCAAAGUGAUAUAAGAGUUUUUGAGGGAUUUCUGGGUACAGUGUUGAAGUAAGCAUGUACAGUACUAUACUGUAGUAUGUUUUUUACUUACACAUUACAGUAAUGGAUGAUCCCUCAGUGGAAUUGAAGGAUUUUUCUUUUAUGGUGAAUGAUCCUGAUUUUUUCCUUUGGGUAUCAUUUUUGUAUUCUGUUAAGAUUUUAUAAUUACUGGUACUGCAAUUUGAAAUUUAUGCUGAAGCUUUUGAUUGAGAAAGACAGUACUUAGUGAUUGAUUUUGGAUGACUGAAAUAUGGAUAAAAUACUGUAUACUAAAAUCCAUCCCUUUUUAAAAACUAGUAACUGUACAGCUAGUUUUGUUUUGUUUUUUCUUUUUUUAUGUACCAGAUUUUGUAAUCAAACAUGAUCACACACUCAUGAAAUUAUUGUCCAUGUAAAGAAACUUUCUUUACACAUACUGUAUUAUAGUACAGUACAUGCAAACACACACAGAGUGAGUGUUUAUAUAAAAAGAAUGUGUAGGUACAAAAAUACACACUCAUAUGCUUAAUUCCAUUACUGUACAGUAUUUACACAAAUACCUGUAUACUGUACUUCUCUAUUUUUAUUUUAUUAUUUUUUUUUGGGGGGGGGUUCUUAUUUAUAACCAGUGAUGAUUGUAUGCACAAAUAAAUACCUUGUUUACUUUUUCAGGUAUACAGUAUACAUUUUAGUGUUGUAGUUUGUAAGGGACCCAUAAGUACAGUAUGUGGUAUGACUCAUAUUACUUCAUUUCUCAUGUACAUCCACAAUGGAAACUUCAUAUGUACAGUACUUACGUUAUAAUUGUUGUGAAAUCUGUACAAAAUGUGUGCUACUGUAAUUGUAUCUCAAAACUAUCCGUCCAAAUUUAAUGAAAACAGCCCUUGCUGUGUUCAGUGUCCAUAGUCAAAAAUGGCUUUAUAUAUUUUUUGUAUACAGUACUGUAUACAGUAUUUUAAUAAAUAUUCAUGUUGAAAAAUUA